UAAUUAAAUAACACUAAAUAAAAAAAAAUACUAAAAAAAGGCUAGUAAUCACAAUAUGCCAUAAUAAUAUAAUAUUCGAGGAAGAUAAAUUUAAGAAGAAAAGUUAUUAUCAGAAGGUUUUUUAUUAUUUAACUUUAAAACAAAAAAACAUAUUAAAUAUAUAAAAAAUUAAAAAAGGUGGAUAUGGAUAUAUAUGGAAAGCAUAUGAUAUGAAUACACGUGAAAUAUUCGCAUUAAAGCGAAUGAUGUGUUAAGGAUCAGAAAGAGUAAAUUAAGCAAAAUAAGAACUAAGAAUAAUGGUUAUUUUUUUGUUUAAAAUACUUAAAAAAAAAAAAAAAAAAGGAAAGUUUACCUUAACAUCCAAAUAUAAUAACAUUUUACGGAGGACAAAUAAUUUCAAUGUAAGGUGGAUGUAUAGCAGUGUAUUUAAUGGAAUUAUGUGAUGGAGGAUCAUUAUUUGAUUUAAUAAGCUAAAACUAAUAGACUCGAUUACAAGAAAAGAAACUAAUUCAUAUCAUAAAUGAGGCAGCAAAAGGAAUAAAAGCGUUGCAUUAGAUGAAUCCUCCAAUAGUUCAUCGUGAUAUAAAAAUAGAAAAUAUACUAUUAGGACAUGGAAAAUAUAAAUUAUGCGAUUUUGGAAGUUGUUCAUCAUAAAUAGUUGAUUUUAGUACAAUCCCUUAACAUCAAUAUGAUAAUUAUGAAGAUUUGUUUUCAAAAACAACUACUUUAAUGUAUCGUCCUCCAGAAAUGUGUGAACCAUCUCGCUAAUAUUUAGUAAAUUAAAAAGUAGAUAUAUGGAUGCUAGGUUGUGUAUUAUAUACAAUAGCUUUCUAUACUCAUCCUUUUGUAGAAAGUUAAAAAAUGGCAAUUAUAGACGCAACUUUUAGAUUUCCUUAAAAUUCUAAAUAUAGUGAAAAAUUACAUGAUUUAAUUAGACAUAUGUUAACACCAGAUCCUAAAUAUAGACCGGAUAUUAAUAACAUAAUAUAAAUAUGUGAAAAUUAUGAUAAUAUGAGUUAAAUAAAUUUAAAUUAAAUGGCAGCAUAAAUGAAAACUAAACAAAUUUAAAUUGAAAAAUAACUUUAAACUUUUUCAUCAAAACCUAUCAAAUAAUUUGAUGGUGAUAUUCCAAUGGAAGAAUUGUUGAAAAUUUAAGAGAAUAUAAAAAAGGAAUGUUUAGGCUCAGAUGAUGAAUAAUAAAAUGAAUUUACAUUUGUUAGAAAAAAAUAACCAGUUGUCAAGAAAAAAAACCUGAACAAUAGUAAGUACAAUAAUAAUAAUUCUCAAACAUCGGAUAAAAACCAUAAUAAUAAUAAAGAUAACUUAAUUAAAUGUAAAUAUAAUAGUAAAAUAAUUAUAAUAGCCAAGAUCCUUUUUCUUAAUUUUAAUAGUAAUAAUAAUCAACAUAACAAAAUUUUAAUAACAAUAAAGAUAUAUUUUCUUAAUUUAACUUUUAAAGUAAUAAUUUAAAUUAAGCUUAAAAAGUAAGUAAUGACAAUAUUUUUGAUUAAUUCAAUUUUUAACCUUAAAAUAACUAAAAAUAAUUUAAUCUUUAAAAUAAUAAUAAUAAAUAAUCAAAUUCUAUUAAUUUCUAAUAAGUCCCUUAAUAAAAUUUAUAAUAAUAGUAAAAUAAUCAAAACUUUUAACCAAAUAUUUGGGAGUUUUUUUAAAAUAAUAACUAAUUUGAUUCUUAAAACAAUAACUAAAAAUAAUAAUAAUAAUAGUAGACUUAAUAAUAAAAUCACUUUUAAAAUUAAUAAUAAUAAUAAGUUUAGUAGUAAUAAUAACAAACAUUUGAUUUACUAGAAUUCGAUGAGCCUAAAUAGUAAUAGAUUAAUCAUUAAUAACAAUAAAAUUAGUUUGAUUUACUUUGAUAAUAAAUGA